CUCUUCGGCUACGACCAAGGCGUAACAGGCGGCUUACUCGAUCUGGAAUCCUUCAUUAAGUAUUUCCCAGACAUAAACGACAAAGCACAAGGCAUUAGCGACGCCGAAUCAAAAGCACGAUCAACGUAUCAGGGAAUUACCGUCGCAGCAUACAAUCUAGGAUGUUUUCUAGGAGCCGUAUUUCCCAUUUUCGUGGGAAACCCGCUCGGCCGUCGAAAGACGAUUUUCUACGGCUCGAUUAUUAUGACUAUCGGCGCACUGUUCCAAUGCACUUCAUAUGAUCUGCCACAAUUUGUGGUAGGGCGCAUUGUUACAGGCUGGGGAAAUGGGAUGAAUACUUCGACUGUUCCGACUUGGCAGUCUGAGACGGCACAGGCCCAUGCGCGUGGCAGUUAUUGGAUCAAUUAUGGCAUGGCAUGGAUUGGCGACAAGGAAGUGUCAUGGCGUUUCCCGCUCGCAUUUCAGAUCGUUUUUGCUCUGAUAAUUUUCUCCACGAUUCUCAAUCUUCCGGAAUCUCCUCGCUGGCUGCUCAUGCAAGGCCGCGAUGAAGAAGCACUUGAAGUCCUGGAAGCCUUGAACGAUAAACAUCGCGAAGAUCCAUUCAUCAAGAAUGAAUUCGAGUCGGUUAAGCCGACAGUCUUGGAGAUGUCCAGGGGCUCUUAUGCCAGUCUGUUGAAGAUGUCUGAGUACCGCGAAUUUCACCGAGUGGCACCACUUCUAUUCCAGAAUAUUGGUCUUGGCCAUAACAAUUACCCUAAGUUGCUGGCAGCUUGCAAUGGAACGGAGUACUUCCUAGCCUCAUUGAUUCCAAUCUUCAUCAUUGAAAGGGUUGGUCGGCGCAAGCUAAUGCUUUUCGGGGCAGCCGGGAUGUCACUUUCCAUGGUCGCUUUAGCAGUCUCAUUACAACAGCUCCAAACGAGCCAGGCAGAAGGGAAAGGAAACACAGCCGGUCCUGCACAAGCGGUGUUCUUGUUCGUGUUCAACACCUUCUUCGCCAUUGGCUGGCUAGGCAUGAGCUGGCUUUAUCCUGCUGAAAUUGUGCCCCUGAGAAUUCGAGCGCCGACAAAUGCCUUAUCUACGAGUGGCAACUGGAUCUUCAACUUCAUGGUCGUGAUGAUCACACCUGUGGCAUUUGCCAACAUCCAGUGGAAAACUUAUGUCAUUUUCGCCGUCAUAAAUGCUGCCAUCUUCCCGGUAGUAUACUUCUUCUACCCGGAGACGCGAUAUCGUUCCCUGGAAGAGAUGGACGACAUCUUCAAGAAGUCAAGUAACGUGUUGGAUGUCGUGUCAAUAUCCCUCAAUGAGCCGCACCGAUACGAUAAGCACGGUCAACUCAAGUCGGAGUACAUGGAUGAUGUCGUUCGGCGAAAAAAUGUACAUGAUGAGCAGAAGGUCGAGUAUUCGGAGGGAUCCUCCGGAGGCAAUAUUUGA